AUGUCGCACCAUCCAAGCCGACCAAAGCGUCCCGCAGAGCCCUUCAUUCGUUCGGGGGCCGCAGAUCCAUCAGCAAAACGCCCACGCUUCGAUCCAGCACGCCCGGCGAACCUCGCACCAGACACCCCCACCGGCGCCGGUGAUCUCCUCGAGUAUGACCUCGAUGGUGGACAGAGAGGGACGAAGAGAAACGCAGUGAAUCUGGACGGAUAUGACAGUGACUCCUCCACUGAAGGACAUGGACUUGACUGUACACAGCCAGAUGCAGCACGACGAGCAGCACAAGAUGCGAAUGGCGAAGUGGAUAUGUUCGCGGAUGAACCCACAAUCAAUGCCUCACUCAACACCGAUACACGCAAAGCAGGCCAAGAACCACGGUUUCUUGAUAUUAACGAGAUCGAGGGGCAGGAAAUGGAUUCGAGACGGACGUACGACGACAUCAUCGACGAAGACCACGGAGGUGGUUCGGGGGUUGAAGCAGAGGAGGAUGACGAGGGUGAGGUUGAUCCCGAAAUCGGCGCUGGAGGACGGAAAAAGGGCGCCCCAAAGGUGGAGGCUUUCAACAUGAAAGACGACCUCGAAGAAGGCAAAUUCGACGAAGCAGGAAACUUCAUCAGAAAUGCGCCGGAUGAGGGCGCGAAGCACGAUGCCUGGCUCGAGGGUGUGAGUAGGAAGGAUAUUCAGCGGGCGAGGGAGGCGCAGGCGAAGGCUGAACGGGAAGAGAGGGAGAGGACGAGGAGGGAUGAUGCUGUUACGACUGCGGAGGCGUUGGAAGGGUUGAUUAAGGGUUUGCAGGCUGGGGAAACGGUGUUGGAGGCUUUGCAACGGCUGAAUGCGGCGGCACCGAAGAAGAAGGUUAAGGCGUGGCAGAAGAAGAAGCAGGUCACGGAAGUACCAGGGGAUGACGAUGAAGCGGAGAAGAAGAGGAAGGAGCAGAUUGCUGCCAUUACUGGGUACGCAGACAAGUUCCUCCAGACUGGGGAAUCUGACGUUUACGAUGAGACACGUGAGGCGCUCAUUCGGAGGUACCAAAGGGAGACGGGGGAUGCUUGGGUAGAAAAAAAGGAGGAGGAAGUCGAAGACGAUGAUAACGCGUUGUACGAAUACAGAUGGCCCGGAAAGGACGAGGUAUAUGGACCGUAUAAGGCUUUGGAUAUGGCAGCCUGGAGCGCUCAGGGAUAUUUUGGCGAAGGUAUCGAGGCGAGGAAGGUUGGGGAGACUGACUGGAGGUCAAAUAGGGACGUAACGUUUUGAUUGAAACCGAAAAUAAAUGCAGUCCAUGAC